CGGCCGGCCGGGACGCCUGUCCAGGUGCGCGCUCGCGGCGGGGGGCGGCCCCGGGGGCGCGCUCGGGGGCCGGGCGCUGGGGCACGGCGAGAUGCGGCAUGCCCCGAGACACCCCUUCUCCCCAGCGCCCAGUGUAUGCUUUUCUGAGCACCCUGGCUUGUGAAGCAUUACCUGGUUAAACUGGAAUUGAAGCAGGACAACGCCAGCCCCUCCUGGUCCAGAAAAGGGCUCUGCCGUGGAACCAGCCCUCGGGAAGCAUGGGAAAGGGCUACAAGGUGGUGGUUUGUGGAAUGGCCUCAGUGGGAAAGACUGCGAUUUUGGAGCAGCUUCUCUAUGGAAAGCAUACUGUUGGCUUAGAAGAGGGUGCCACGAUGGAAGAUGUGUAUUUGGCAUCGGUGGAGACAGACCGGGGCGUGAAGGAACAGUUGCGGCUGUAUGACACCAGGGGUCUGCAGGAGGGCGUGGAAUUGCCCAAACACUAUUUCUCUGUGGCUGACGGCUUCGUGCUGGUGUACGCCGUGACCAGCCUCGAGGCGUUCCAAAGAGUCGAGCUGCUCAAAAGGGAGAUCGAUGUCUUCAGGGACAAAAAGGAGGUUGCAGUUAUUGUCUUGGGGAACAAAACUGACCUCCUGGACCAAAGGCAAGUGGAAACAGAAGCAGCACAACAAUGGGCACGGGCUGAGAAAGUGAGACUGUGGGAAGUGACUGUGACAGAUCGGAAAACACUGCUUGAACCCUUCACCUUCUUAGCUAGCAAACUGUCCCAGUCCCAGAACAAAUCAACAUUUCCCUUGCCUGGAAGGAAGAGCAAAGGGAAUAACUGUGAAAACUAGACUAGCUUAGCAUUGUCUCCUGCUGCCAGGUCACAGUCUAAGUCCUUUUUGUGCCAUUUGCUUCUUGCAGUUUCACUUAAAGCAAUAAUAUCAUUCAGCAAUAAAAUCAGCAAGCUUACAGCUAAGAGGUAUCCUUCCUUCUCAUAGACUUGGCUUGGAAAAGCUGCUGGUGGUAAAAGCCUCAAAAAGCACUUUAGGAGAGCAGUUAUUUUGUAGUCAGGGUUAUGGAGGAGGAAGGGAUAGAUGGAUACCUCUCUAGCAGGGGCUUUUACUAUGCCUGGAUACAGCCAUGUUGAGGGACAAAUCAACAAGCUUACCAGUAUAUAAUCCCCCUGCACAUCUAUAGCCUGUAGUCAUAAAAAGUAUUAGCUGCAAUAAAGCAUUCAAUUUGGAAAGGUGAUAUAUUUGAAAUGGCAACAGUUCUUUUACCUUGACCUUAAACAGGGCCACAGGGCUUUUUGAUCCUGCAAGAGGCUGAGAUCAGUGUCUUGCUGUAGGAGAAGGAUAUAGAGCAGGAGGAACAAUUACCAGAUUUAGCCACUGAUGUUUUGCUAGUGUCUGGAAGAAAAAAAAACACCCCCCACGUCUUCUGGGAAAUACCCCAACAUGAACCUUGUCAACAAAGUCUAGUAAGCAGUGCUUUCAGGUCAGGAAUUCAUUUGUGGAACCAGAACAGCUCUCAGAGCACUCAUUGAUUGAACAACCACCUAAGGACAAUAUAGCUGUGGGUUUGUUCCAGUAUGUCCACUACAAAUCCCAUAGGUGUCCCACAUUCCCAUAGGUGGUCAUUUUACUGAGAAUUACACUAACUGAUUUUGUAUAAGCUGGGCUCUGCUUAGGGCACACUCACCUGGCUGCCCAGGCAAGUGCAGCAAUCCACCCUCCCUAGGCCAGGUAGCAGCUGGAACAAAGCUCUGUAUGACUCUGCAGGUGGGGCUAAGGAGGGUAGGAGGCUGCCUGCCUUUUUGGAGAAGGCUGCCUGCCUUUCUGCCUGGCAAACCUGUGUGCUGCAGGAAUCUGCUGUCCCAGGCCAGCCUGGCAGUAAACUGAACAAAUGGGGAUAUAUAGAGCGACAGAAUGAGCAACUUUUCCCAGAGACAGGGACCAGUUUUUGGCAUCUAACAACCUCCUGUACUAACUGAUGCUAGCUUUUCUUUAUAUUUGAAGGCAAGAGCAGAGAGAGGGAGUGAAGUACCCAGUUUCUGUAUUUUCCACUAAAUUAAUCCUCUUUUGAACAAAUACUGAGAAUUUCACUGUGAAUCAGCAAAACCACAAGCAUUAUUUGCACUGUCAUAUCAUGACUGCUAAAUAGUGUGCUUAAUGAUCACAAUUAAGCUCAUAGUAUUGCUCUUCCUGAAUACUGAUUAAUAAAGCCUGUCAGCAUUACUAAAGUCUGUCAACAUUAUUAAUGUCAGAGCACCAGUACACUUCACUAAAAAUUAAACAGGAAUCUCUACCAGUAUAAUGAAGGUAGACGAAACUGUUUAUGUGCUUUGCUCAAUAUAGUUUGCAUUGCUGUGGCCAAGGAGUAAGAUAAGAGAGCAAUUAUGAAUGAGCAAGCUCUUGUAAUGCCCUCCUAGGAACACACAAUUGUUUCCACACUGCAGCUGAGUAAGCACAAUAGCACGACCUCUGUGUACCUGGCCAGUAAGAGUCAUUGUCCCCAGCGCUGCUGCAGGAUGACACUCCCUCAUCACUCAUUUCCUACUGAACACACGUGUACUCCAGGCUUCUCUCUACCCAGAAGGCUCCAUAUCUACCUGCAUGCUUGGGAAGCGGAGGUGACUUCAGAGCAGCAGUGGUUCACCUCCUUGCUGCAACCUCUUACCAAGGAAUGGGUCAUGUUCCUCUUCUUCAGCUCUGCAGAACCCUUCUGGAAGGGACUUGAAUCAGCCUUGGAUCAAUCAAAAUAAGUGAAGAUGUCCACUAACAGCACAUCACUAAAGCUGACCCUUGAGCCAAGGGAGUGCAGGUUGACAAGUCAGAAUGAACUUAAAAUGCCUGGAGAUGGAAAGAAUGGGGAUGAGUGGUUCCUGUCCAGCUCUGCAUGCUGCAGACUUUGUGCCAAUUCUUCUGCCAAGACUGAUGUCACCUGUAGGCUGCCAGAUCUGUGCAGUGCAAGUGUAGCUUGCUCACUUGCUCCACUGGACUCCCAGGACUUGACAGUGUUUUAAGUCAGGCAAGAGAAACAGUAUCUUCUAAAUGACUAAGGUAAUUUUUCCAAAUAGGCUACAUAAAGGCAAACACAUUUUCUUUGAUUUGGCUAAAUGUAGAGUUUAAAUAAUUCGAGGCAUUCAGAUAAAAAAAGAAAUCACCACCCACUGUUUUCUUUCAUAAACUUACUCCGAUGUUUUUCUAAAUAUCAUAGUGUUUUACUGAGAAGUGAUGGAAAAUCUAGUGUCUCCUCUGCAAAUGAUAUGCACACAGUGGCUGGUACUGAGUAAAAAUGAAACUUGCUGUAGUAGAGUUUUACACAGGGCAAAUAAGCAAAGUACAGAGUAUAACGUAGUAGCUAAUGGGCAGAACAUUUAUUUUGUUCUUCCUAUUCCACUGACUCAAACCCUGUUCUAGGUUACUGGGAUCACUUACCUUCUGCAAAACCAGGGUCACUUCACAAGAUAAUGGAGAAAACUUAUUAUAUGAAGAAAAACAAAUUAGUUUUGUUUGAGAAAAAUAUCUUUCUCUAUUCCUCUAAAGCCUCUACCCUGCUGAAUAGACACUGUACAAAUCACUCGCCCCCACCAGUUACAACAGUUAAUUUGACAUGUCCUGGUGGCACAAAGAAAGAAGCUGGCAAAAAACUACUGAGAUGAAGCCAUUUACCUAUUUACUCAGUAGAGGAGAAGGAAAGAUCACCAGAGGUGCUCCUAGUGUGAUGUAGCUAUGUGCCAAACAGGUAAACAGCUGAGGGAGCUCAUACCCCAAAACAUGCACUGUGUCAAAUGACAGCAGUUCAGCUGAUGGGUGUACAGUGCUGCUACCCACCCAGCGAAGGAACGGACACCUCUAAUUAACAGAUUACUUUGGACCGAGUUAUAUUUGCUCUGUAUCUAGAUAGGAAGAGAAGUAUGUAAAUUAAAUGCAUACAGAAUUUAUUUCAAAGUACCAAACCAAGUCUGAGAGCACAGGUGGCCACCCAACACUCACAAGAAUGUCGCGAGGUGAAGCACUUGCCAUGAAAAAUGAAUCUGUGCUUCCGGCCUUUACCUUAAGGGAGUGGUCAGAAAUGCCAUACCCACAAUUAACUGCCCUGUUGCUACACACCUCAGUGCAAACACUAUGUCUCUAGGAGAUAAUCUUUAUAGGUAGUUAAAGGAUGUACAGAUACUCCUUUACAGUAUUGUCUGCUACCUUACUCUUUCAGGUGUGAGUAGACCACUCCACCAGAAAAGCAUCAACACAUUCUUUCCUUCCUUUUAUUUCCUGUCUCUUUCCGUUCCAGAUAGCUUACACUUUUCUGGUUGUACUUUCAAACAACAUGGCAGUCUUGCAGAAGCAACACUGUGAAAAUUUAAGCUAAAAAGUAACUAUUGUGGACUCUGUGGCAAGCUAUCUCCUCAUGGCCAGGUCCCUGCACAACACCUAGUGAACAGUUGUAAAGGUCUUAUGCUGUCAUUCACUGUGUGGUUGUCUAGCAGUGUCUUCCUAAAACAGCAGCAGUCAGUGCACUCACCUGCAGAUCUCCCUUGUCCAUAACCACAGCAUAUAUCCUCCAAAGCUUACAGAGACACCAUUCUGGCAAAGUGACAAAGCAAAGGACUAAGCAGAAAUCUUUCCUUCUUAUUUUUUUUAAACAUCUUUUUAUUAGCACAGUAACAAAUGCAGACUUAAGUAGCCCACAACAUACAACCAAUCCACUGAGUGACUCCUAUUCCACACCUUACAGUUAAACAGCUUAAGGUAUUUCACUACAGGUUACCAUAAGUCCUGAUUAAACCCUUUAUUCUUUUCACAAAGAUAGAUUGGCUUAUAAAAUAAUACAUUAACUACUUCUCAUAUCAUAUAUGAGGCCAUAUAUCCACCUCUCCAUAUCACAGAUCAUGAGAUGACAGUCUUUAAAAAGGAUUUGUUAAAUACCAAUGUGCCCUCCAUAGGGAAAAAGAAUCCCAACAUCUUUUUACAAAAAAAAAAAA